AUGGCCGAAACGUGGCAAAUAUCCACCACUGUGCCCAGCGAUCAUUUCAAGACGUUUCUUAGGAGGGCAAAAGAGAAGGUGAUCUACCCGCGGCGGCUGACGACUCUGAGUGGCUCUCCUCCGUUCACCGGCGGGACACAGCUCAGCAAACAAACGGCAAUGCGGCUGCGGCAGCUGGUGUUCGGAGCGUCACUAGCGCCACCACGGCAGGAGUGGCUGAAGGGCGGCUUCACGUUUCAGCCGCCAGAGGGCAGGGUGGGCUUCGGUCUCCAGACUCCUCAGUCGCUCACUCAGCCUUUGGUGAUGGCAGUCCAAACACGGGUCAUCAAACAUCUGCUGUUCCAGAGGUUUCCCAGCGCUACGGAUAUCGACAGUCUGUUCCGUCUACGCCGCUGUGACCAGCUGCAGGGGCUGGCCAGUGCCCUCAGUGACGUCAUUUGGGGUGCCAGGGCCGGCGGCCCGGCUCACGUCUGUCUCUGUUCGGAGGCUCAGCAGGUCUGGGGCGACACCGACUACCUCUCCGACGGAGUGACUGAGAGGGUGCAACAUUGGACAUUCGGUAGCAAAGAUGAACUUCAAAGUUUUAUUUCAUCUUAUAUCAAGGAGUUUGAGUCUACUGAGGGCCACGCCUACAUUCUGCUGUUGUACAGUCUUGUGCUGACACGAGGAAUCAAUAGGGUCUCCGAUGACCUCGGUGAGACACAGCCGUCACUGCUGACCUCCGGUGGACUGGUGAGCCACAGCCUCACCAGUCUGGUUCUGACCGGCCAGGCAUCUCCUCACCUGCACAACGGCAUCGUAUGGCGGCAGCUCGAGGCAGGAGCCAAGGUGGCCCUGCACGGCGUGCCGGAGCGCAGUGACGUGGGCUUCCUGCUGUGGGAGGAGGCGGCUGCCGACCUGCUGAGGACAGAGGUCGGCUCUCGGCUGAAGACGCCGCUGCUGCCCAUCUGGCUGACCUGCUGCCACGCACAGUACGGCGUCAUCUUCCACCUGAACAGGGAGCUCACCAGGGACUACAGGGCGGAGCAUAGAUUCGACCUGCACUACUACACCGGUGACGAGGCGCACCUGGAGCGUCCCACGCUGAUCGCCGUGGAUACCAAGUCCCGUCCUCUACCCGGCCCCCGGAGAGAGGAGGGGGAGGAGGAGGAACAACUGCCGCCUCUCAACGAGCUCAUACUCUCCAAGUGGCCAGAGGCCUCCAUCGACUGGAGAGGCACCGAGCCAUAUCUGUAGAAUGCGCGUCGGGCUCACACGCCGAGACCGUGUGCCGUGGUGGGUACUGGGUGGACCUCCGGCUGAUACAGCGAAACAGGCCGCCCCUCGCAGCGAGCUUUCUGAUAAUGACUUUGGUGUAAAUGUGAUGUGAAGGACUUGACGGGUCCGAUUUCCGCUGGACGGAUUUGUAGAAUAUUUUCCCGGCAUGGUCCCGGCAUUGAAUAUUGUCCCGGUGUUUGUCACCUACAUUUAGCGAGCGUCGCUAUCAACCGUUUACGGGCACCUAUGGAAGAAGACAAUAGCCGUUUUCACGACGGGCUAUCCGGCGAGUGCACCUGAUUUGACCAAAUCUGCAACUAAUUUCUUUUACAACAAAUAUCUUUAUUUUAUGAAUUUAUUUCAGUGUUUUAAUCGAUGAUACUCUCUGAUAAUAUGACAAAGCAGGCAUAUAAGCAAAUAGUGCAACCCUAGCUGAUAGCUACUAAGAGACACACUGAACCUGAUUUGACCAAAUCUGCACCUGUCUGCACCAGAUGUGCACCAAAUGUGUACCAAAUGGCCGUCGUGAAAACGGCUAAUGUGUCAGUUGUCACCUUUAUGCAUUUCUUUCAUGACACUAUUGUACAAUUAUAUUUCAUUCAUUUCAUUCAUUUCAUUCAUUUCAUUCAUUUCAUUCAUUUCAUUCAUUUCAUUGCAUUUGGUUAGUGAUAAGACUGAAUGUCAAUUGUCUAGCCUCCAUAAACGGACUGACUCGGCUCUAGCAGCGCUUAUCGUAAUGUGCUUAUAUUGCUGCCGUUGUACUUCAGUUGUGCGGUAGAUGUAGAGCAAACUAGUGUCAUUUAGUUCGUACAUACGGGCCCCUAAAUAUCCGACAGAGAAUCGCUGAAACUUUCCCUGGCGUUAUGGGAAGUUGGAGAAGUUAUAAUGGCGUGUUGUACAUGGGCAGUUUGUAUGUAGGUGUUUGUAUUUACCCAUCUUCUGCAUUUGUUUUUGUAUUUUGCUGAUGCGCUACUGUCAUUUGCCAUUUUCAAACCAUCGCUUUUGACUUGUGGGCAUUACAAGCUGCUUAUGAUAAAAGGGAUCGAGCAGUUAACUUAUUGGGUAAUAUUUAUAUUAGUGGCGAGAUGAGAAACCUAAGCACUUGUACCUAUGUAGGCAGAAAUGUUCAAGAGACGAUGCUUUUAUAAUGAACAUUUGCCGCAAGGAACUGAACACAAAUAGCCUGUGUAGACAAUUAUAGUGACAUAUUGCUACUGUGGCAAAGCUAAAAGAUUCGGCAUGUGCGGUUGUUGUAAAUGUGAUACAUGUAUUUAGAACAAUAUACAGCAAAUGC